UUUAUAUAUUAAUAGUUUUAAAAAUAUUAAAUUUUAAAGUAUAAUCUUGUAAUAUUUUGUAAAUUUGUUUUAUGUCCCUAAAUCUAUAUGGUAUUAUCUUUAGAUAUAUAAUAAUAUACAUUAUUGAAGUAAUAUUACAAAACCCAUGGACAAAGGCUUGAAUUUUAUCGUUAUUUAAUACAUUUUUCCACAUUAACUUCUUCUGGCUGUCCGAGACUCUAGUUCUGCUGAGCAGUUGGGGAAGUUCCUCUGGGAUUAUUUGUUGUUUUCGGCCACCUACAGCACAGCUUAUUGUCCGGCAGAGGGGCGUAGCAACCGAGUUGACCAAUGCCAUCCGAACGGCGAUCUCUGCUUCGGAAAGCCUGGAGCGUGAAAUGAGCCCGCACUUACCACCAGGGGAUCAACUGUGUACCACGCUAUUGUCUCCCCAGUUCUCCCAGGCGCUAUCAAUGUUCUGGUCUGCUUUGCAGUCAGGCCAGGCGGGACCUGUCAUCCAACAAUUUGGCUUGGGACCGGAUGCCGUCAAUGCUGCAGCCAGUGGAAAUAUCGAAGAAUUCGUCACUGCUCUUGAGUCUGAAGCUAAGACUGGCCAAGAACAAACACAACAAGGACAAGAGGAUACUAAUACAAAACAAGCUUCACCAACAGCUAGUCCUGAUAAGAAAAAUGAUGAUGAUGGAAUGCCGUUAGAUUAAGAACAAAAUUUAAUGAGUCUGAUUUCAUCUAUACUUUUAUUUGGAAGGUAUACAGCAUGUAUUACAUUAUAAUCACUUAUGUGUAAUAAAUACUUCUUUCAAAAAUA